UACACCUAGGGAUGACAGAACGAGACAUGACGACACAAACAGUGACCGUUAUUUUACUGUGUUACUCUGGUUUCGUGGCGGUGGUCGGUAGCCAAGGUAUCACUGACUGUGGGUGCACUUCCGGGUGUUCCUACCCUCCGAUACCGUGUGUCACGCGCUGCAUCACAGGUCGGGAUGGAGGCUUUUGUCAUAGACGAAAUAUUGCUCUCGGUCGACCUACAGAACAAACAGGCUCCUUCAACGACACCGCGUUCUGCCCACCCCCAGACCCCCAUUUCGGCCGUAAUGUGUGUGGGGUGAAGAGCGGCAGUCUGGCGGUUGACGGCGAUGCCGAUCACAACUACUGGCAUGGGUCUUGUACUCACACCAUACCCUACAACAACAACACCGCCAGAUGGAGUGUCAACCUUGGCGAUAGUCACGUGAUCAGUCACGUGGUCAUUCACACUGACGAUGAUCAGCCAUCGGCCUUCAAGACGUUCCAGCUCUUUGUGAGUGACCAGUGGUGUCAGAACUGGACAGCACAGGCGGGCGGUCACCUUGUUGCAGACAUUACGUGCGUCCAGCCGUUGACCGGAUCCAACCUGACCAUCCUUAGUCCACCAGGCCCCAUAAACAAUUACCAGCCUGUGUUGGACUUGUGUGAAGUACUGGUGUACGACUGCAGCGACUUCUGGUUCGGGUCCAAGUGUGACAAAAGGUGCCACUGUCACAACAUGUCAGAGGUGUGUCACAAGGUCACAGGUCACUGUCUGUCUGGGUGUGCAGCGGGGAGGGCAGGAGCCGAUUGUCAGAUGAUUAAUGUGGCACUGGACCGGAAAGCCGUACAAAGCAGCACGUAUACAGGGUCAGUAUGUGUCAGCAAAACAUCCCCUCAAUGUGCGACAUCAGCUGGUCAAGCCGUGGAUGGGGACACAAGGAGUAUAAAUGGGUCGUGUUCAUACACCGCGUCCGGUCAACCCUCGUCGUCCUGGAGUGUUGACCUGGAGAAGACUCGGGACAUCCACAGCUUCAGGAUCUACAACAACAAACACCAUCUUGACUACCUGAGAGGAUUCAAAGUCACGGUAGACGGCGCUGCGUGUUACCAGGCCAGUACCACAGUCACGCCAUCUGCUGUCAUUGACUUUAACUGCACUGACGUCAUUUCCGGUUCUAAUGUGUCCAUUCUGCUCCCAUCCGCGUUACAAGGACAACAUAUACUCAGUUUAUGUGAAGUGGAAGUUUAUGAGUGUGAUGACUUCAAAUACGGGUUAGACUGUGAAGCUACCUGCAGUUGUAAUGAUGUCGCGGAAGUUUGCAACAAGACCACAGGCUACUGUCGGAGUGGGUGUCCUCCGGGCUUGACGGGACAGAGUUGUACACAAGGUUGUCCAAGCGGCCACUAUGGGCUGAACUGUUCCGGUGUGUGUGGUCACUGCGCCGGUGGAUCUGCCUGCAACACGGUGACAGGGAAAUGUCCAGACGGUCUGUGUGACGGGUUGUGGGCAGGCUACCGUUGCCAUGAUUGUCGGAAAGGUACCUACCCCCGGGACGGACGGUGUGAGCCCUGUCUGACGUGUGAUGACGACGACUGUGACAUCAGAGGGCGGUGCCAGCGGGGAUGUCGUGCUGGAUACAGGGGAAAUAUGUGUAAUGAAACAUGUGCCAAUAACACAUACGGCGCCAACUGCUGGUUCCAAUGCGGUGCGUGUCACAACAACGUGGACUGUGAUGUCCACACAGGGAGCUGCGCUGGUGGAUGUGAGUCAGGGUUUACUGGACAGCUGUGUCAAAACUGCACGGCGGGUCUGUAUGGUGAGGGAUGUAACAUGACAUGCGGACGCUGUUCCAAUACAAACGUGUGUGAGAAAGACACCGGCAGGUGCCCGUCUGGUUGCCAGCAGAACUUUGACGGCGAUACGUGUACAGACUGCGUGGUUGGCCGUUACGGUCCCAUGUGUACGAAGGUGUGUGGGCACUGUCUGUACGGGGAGAACUGUGACCGGACAUCGGGCACCUGCACACGUGGCUGCCAGGACGGCUGGAAGGGAAGGAUGUGUCUAGCUUGUAGGCAAGGUUACUACGGGCAAACGUGUUUCGCGUGUGGGCAUUGCUUGGGCAAUGUGACAUGUAACAUGACAUCCGGUUUGUGUCCUGGGAACUGUGACCCAGGAUGGACAUCGAAUUACUGUAACCAAGGGUGUCCUAAUGGAUAUUACGGAGACAACUGCACAUUAGAGUGUGGCAACUGUGCCGACAGCGUCAUGUGCAACAAUAUUGAUGGUUCCUGUCCCGCCUCCGGCUGUGCCCCGGGAUACAAGGGCACAUUGUGCACUACAGAAUGUCCAACCGGCUUCUAUGGCACCAAUUGUGAGUUCCCGUGUGGGAUGUGUCUCAACAACGCUGUUUGUAACAAGACGUCUGGUCUGUGUCCUGACGGUCAGUGCCAGGACGGAUACCAACCACCAAGGUGCCAUGGAGGGUGUCCGUUUGGGACUAAUGGUAUCCACUGUAGGCACCCGUGUGACCAGUGUCUGGACCAGCAUUGCGACAUUGAAACUGGGCGCUGUAACAACAGCAACUGCGCUCCUGGAUGGACAGGGGAUUUAUGCAUGACAGCAACCAGUCCCAGUCAGUCCACAAUACAACCAUGGGGGAUAGCACUGGCGGUGCUACUCCCCCUGUUGACCGUCGUUGGUGUCGGUGUUGCGCUUUGGUGGAAGUGCCGGCGAGGACAAAAGGGCCAUUCAGACCAAGAGAUGGCGAACGUCAGAAGGCCCCCACUACACAACAUUCGCUGAUGUCACACAGUUCGUCACGGAGGGACAGCCAACGUUAUGUGCCAAAGGGAGAACACCAGAGACGUGUGUGAUGAUGUGAUGAUACCAACUAGACGACAAACAAUACCGUGGCCACGUAUGCCAUGCCGCAAACAGUACCUGUCACAUGACAUACGUUAGUUGCAAUCAUGACACAUUAGCACGUAGGAUUGUGUGAUAUUGAUUCUAACUGGUUACAUACAAUAUUCGUUAAGGACAGCACAAAACUUUGCUCAUUACGUCGUUGACAAAAAUAGAUUGUAAUUACUGCAUGAAAUGGGUACAAUACAGAUCAUAUCACUGAUUUAAUUUGAAGGACAACCAGUGAAACACAAACACAAGAGUCUCAAACUCCCGUUGCUGAAACAAAAUUGUAAUGCAUGCUAACACAUUCACGCGUGUCUGCGACCUUUGCUCAGUACAUACGACUAACUGCAUGAUUUGCUCAAUCGACUCACAAAGAUACGGGACAUGUUCUUGAAAUUUGAUCUGACCGCUAUAAUUUACCUGGUGCUUGGUAGUAUCGAACAUUGAUAUCUAGAUAUUCCAGGACUCAGACUAUUCUCAAGGCACAUGCCCCACUCGGUACCUGCCUGCACCAUGACGUCCCGUUUGUCAGAAGGGUACACGCGUUAACAUGACGUAAGAUGAGCCGCAUGGUAAUGUUACGUUCUUCACGUACAAUUCCUGGGAUUGUGUGUAAUGUCUGACCAUUCCUUGGUGUAGUGCCGUUCUUUACUUGCAGCUGUCCAGUUGUAACAACCCUUGGAACGUACUCGGUUAUGUUAAUAAUGAAGCAUACGAUUUUAUGGAUAGCAACAUCUUGUUUAUUGCAUAGAGCGACGUUUCGGUGUGAAUUCUGAAACCGAUAUCAGGUUUGCUUGCUUUAUGAACGUCGUAUUAUCAUAAAGCCAUAUGCUUCAUUAUUGACUCACCAACUUCUAGAAUGCCGAUCAAACAAUGGUUAUAUGUUAGGUUGCGCUCUACUGGCACUGGUGGCACUGUAUUUGAGCUUGAAGGAAAUGUUCAGUUCAGAGAAUUGGUUUCCUUAAAUUCAUCGAGUUGAAGAAAUGUAAGUCUGACAUGUUUACUCGUACUGUUCAUGAUGUAGAAUAUAAUCAUGUUGUUCACUCCAGGGAAUUUGUAUUAAAAUACGAUCACUUUGAGGGAAUAUCUAAGUAAUUGAACUUUUCAGUUAUAUAUGAAAUUACUCGAGUAGACCAGAUAUCUUAUCUCUGACCGGACACGUUGCAUGGCCAUAUUCAAUAGUAUUUAAUGAAUUACUUAAUAUGUGUAUUAUCACAAUGGGUUUCUCAUUUCGUCAUAUCUCGUAAUUAAAUGUCUUGAAUUUACUAUUACACCGUGCACAUAAACCAUUCGCAUUUUGUAUAUUUCAGUGUUUUGCAUUGAUCAUGUUUUGUCAAUAUUCUUAAAUUCAAUAUGUGAUACAUGUUCGGACGUGUUUUUUAUGUGUGUUCCUAGUUGCUUCCUAAGUUCUGUAUUGUGUAUAAAACAUGUAUUGUA